GCUUGGCUCAACCAGCAACCAUGGUGCUUUUUGGCUUGACUGUGGGAACGACGAUGGGUUGCUGCUGGGCAAGGAUUCGUUCUUUUGAUGACACACCCCGGCUGCGCCAUGUCUUACUGGUGUCCUUCCGGCCAGAGACGACCAUCAAUCAGGAGAUCGAGAUGAUGAAGACUUUGAGUUCACUGCCGCAGAUAUUUCCUCAGGUCUUGCGCAGCUAUGUCUAUCCAGACCUGCGACUGGCAGGUGGGCAAUCGCAUCCGGCCGGGAAAAAUCGGGGCCUCGUGUGGAUGGCCGACUUUAGAUCCAGGGCCGACUUCGAGGCCUUUGAGCAUGACGAACAGCAGAUGAAAAUGAUGAUCGCUUUCGAAAGCCUCAUGGAGCCUGGUAGCCGUGCGACUCUGCAGUAUGCUGAUCCCUUGCCCAUGAUUGAAGGGGCUCACCACAUCGUCAUGUUCAGCGUCAAGGACGAUGUCACUGCGGAGGAGUUCUCGACAUUGGAAAGCUCGCUGAGAAAUUUGAAACAGCAAAUCGAAGAAAUUCACAGCAUCAACGUUGCGGCGGCUGUGUCCAACUUGGAUGGGCAAACAUUGCCUGGCAAUCGGAACAUCGCUGCUCUUGUGGAUUUUGCUUCCAUUGAGAAGUAUGAGGUCUAUGAGAAACACCCAGCACACUUGUCAGUGGUGGAAAAAAAUAUCAAACCGCUCAUCUCACCUGGUUCCCGCGCUGCCAUACAGUUCGCCAGCUGAAAAGAUGACCAUCGCAAAACGCUGUGGUCAUCCGCAAUUUGAAAAGUGACCUGCAGCGAGCAAUCGCACACCACUUGGAGUGUUCUGCGGAUUGUUUCAGGAGAAAGUGAGUCGAGCUGCCGAAAAA